AAAGGAGGGAGACUCAACAGAACUCCCAUUCUAAGUAUCCACUGAGAAGAAGGAAAGCUCUAAGCAGGCAGAAGAGGGAGAAAGAGUGUCUGCUUUCAAUCCUUCCAUCACUGCCAUUCAGAAAACACCACCAAGAUGCCAGGGGGCUGCCUCCAACUCCUGUUCUGUGCCCUGUGCAGCUUACGGGUCAUCCAAGCCUUCCCCAAUGCUUCCCCCCUGCUCAGCCUCAACUGGGGGGGUCUGACUCACCUCUACACAGCCACAGCCAGGAACAGCUACCACCUGCAGAUCCACAAAGAUGGCCACGUGGAUGGGACUCCUCAUCAAACCAUCUAUAGUGCCUUGAUGAUCAGAUCAGAGGAUGCUGGGCUAGUCAUAAUAACUGGUGUGAUGAGCAGGAGAUAUCUCUGUAUGGACAUCAGGGGCAACAUCUUUGGUUCGCAUUUCUUCAACCCGGACAACUGCAAGUUCAAGCACCGGACACUAGAAAAUGGGUAUGACAUCUAUCAUUCUCCCCAGAACAACUUCCUGAUCAGCCUUGGCAAGGCAAAGAGGGCCUUUCUGCCAGGCAUGAAUCCACCUCCGUACUCUCAAUUCCUGUCUCGGAAGAAUGAGAUCCCCAUAAUCCACUUCAACACACCUGAACCCCACCGGCACACCAGGAGUGCUGAAAACAGUCCUGACUUGGACCCAAUGAAUGUGCUGAAACCCCGACCAAGGAUGACUCCCUGCUCUCAGGAACUCUACAGUGCUGAAGAGAACAGUGUAGUGGAUGAUGACCCUUUGGAAGUACUUAGAAAUAGCAAUCGACUGAAGCCCUUCCCUGGUAGGCUGGGUUUAGAAAGGUGCCACCAUGUUCCCAAGACUGAUUAACUGGACAACAAUAAAAUCCCAUUUAACUAUCCCUGAUCCAUCUUAUUAGCAACUAGCCCAUCUUUGAGGGGCCUAGAGAGGUUCUUUAAACCUUAAAGAACAAGGGAGAGAUUAAUCUUUUCCUCUCCCUUCCUACCUUAGGACCCCCUGGGAAUUAAACCUGGAAUACUGUACUAAGACCUAGGACUUCAUCCCUAGCCUGAAUGAUAGAGUUGUGCUCUCUUUCCAGCCUUGCAACUGACAUUCCAAUCAAGGCCCUCAUAUGGAUGGUCCUCCUUCAUCUUGAAUCAACUAUUAAGAGUCUAUACCUUUUCUAAAGUGUGGGAGCAGGGUCUUUCUCCUCUUCCAUAUCAACAGACUUUGGCACAUUAAUAGCAUAAAUCCUGUGACUUCCUUGAGUUUAAGAUGAUGGGUGGAGGAUGUUGGGUGGUGGGAAAAUACAUCAACUUAGAAACCAGAAAGACUUGGAUCUAUAGUGACCAGCCAAACUUUAGCCCAACUUUCGCUCUUCAGGGUGACUCAUACCCUUUCUUCAUGCUCUUCCUCCUUUUAAAUCAGGAUGAGAUCUAUAAGGCAAGAAUUCCCCAACCCCAUAGAUAAUCCCAUGACAUUGCCUUAUAAAUAGCUCUUUCUCUAUUUGCUUAUGACCAGUAACUAUUCAAAAUACACAAACGGUAAAUUCAUUGUUCUUGCCCUUGAGCACCUUUUUACCAAGAAGGGACCAGGAAAUAUGCCAGAAAGAGCCACAGUUCCCUGUCAGGGAGAUACAUAUUGCCCUUCAUUCCCUUAAUCCAUUAUAGGCCAGGCCACGGAGUCAUUCCCAACCUUAGCCAAAGUCAGUCAAAGACAGAAGGCAAAGGCAUUUCCAAUCUUGAAAACUAAAACACUCUGCACUUUUUGGAGGAACUCUAGACCUCUGGUUUUUACCUUUUUUAAGGUGACCUUAGUUUGAGGCCAUCCAGUACAGUCUGCAGCUUCCCUUUGCAGUAGGAAUAAAUUCAAAUUCUUCAGAGAAGCCUUUACAAAAUUUCCUCAUCUAGGGUUAGUGACCCUGUUCUGGAUGGUCAUCAAAAUGCAGAAGGAAGCUGUUCAAGUUUUUCUGUUUGUCAGCAGAUUUCUGAGGGUCUUUUUCAAUGGCCAAUUCCAGUAUUGAAGUUAUCCUCUGAGAUCAGACCAGAUCAUGUCUCUCUGAUUAAUGAUUCCUAUUUGUAAAGCACUGUGCUAAGCAUCAAGAAUGCAAAAGCAAAAAGGAAACCUCCUCCCUUCAAAGAACUUUAAUUGUUAUUACUAAUGGGAAAUUUGAAGAAAGAAUCAGAGAAAAAGGAAUACAAGGCAGUGAGAGUCACAUCUUUUUUCUUUAUAACUGGCUAGGAAUGUGUGCUUGCUUUCUCUCCUAAGCAUUCCCCUAAAAGUGAAUUUCUUAAGACACCACCCACCACCUUCCAUAACUCUAAGUUUGUUGAGUUUCAUUGCAUGCUAAACACAUCACUUCUGUGACUCACCUGAGAGAAAGAAUGACAGAUAGAGGGAAGGGGUACACUGACUGCAAAACAACUAAGACUCAGUUCCAUGGUAGACAGACAAACUCUCACCAGGCAAUGUUUGCUUUUCUAUGGUUUCUAUACAAUUUCAUCACUCCCCUCCUCCUUUGCAAAUCAGGAUGAGACCUUUAAGGCUAGAAUCCUAUGGAUUUCCAAACCCAAAGGUGAUCCUCAGAAAUCAUUUUGGAAACAGUCUUGGGGCCUACAUUAUCUAGGAACAAUAAAUAAAAGAUUUGUCUAAGCUGAUCACUAAUCCUCACUUCCCCAAGGCUGCCCCAAUUUCUGGACAUGAUGCCAAAGAAAACUCAGCAUAGGACACCAAAUAUGGAAAUUCUAGAAGUCUGAGCCUCUGGGACUUAAACCAUCAUUUAUUAGAUCAUGUGACUCCAGUCUACCAUCUCUAAUUUUGAAGCCCUUUCUCCUCUUCUAAGUUCUUCCCUAAGGUGGUCAAGGUAGACAACUAAUAUCAAGCAGUACAAUAGAUUCAGACAAGACCUUACUCCUCUGUUUACCUUCCUUCAUUUCUAUCAUGUUCUCAUUGCUGGAGCCUGAAUCACUCUUUGCACUUUUCAGAGGGACAACAGUCCUUUGCCUUUUUUAUUUUAAAUUAAAAUUUAAAGUCUCUAUUUGGAAGCACCCCCCAAAAAAACUAUGCCUAACACUAAAAAGCAAUGUGCAGAAGAUUUUUGAAAAAUAUGUUCUCCAUGUUUCCUUUUGAGGUUCUGACAUGGAGAAAUGGAUGGGAAACUAGAAAGCAAUUCUAUAGUUGACCAGUGUGAGUACUAACCAACAGCCAUUAGGGAGGUCUCUCUUUGGAGGAGAAGUGAGGCAAUCCACUGUAAUUCCAGAAGUAUUACUUUGGAAGUAAAAGUAUUUAUUUAUUUAUUAGAAGGUUUUGUCUAUCACUUGAUAUUUAUGGAUAUUUAUAAUGAUGUAGCUCCACUUGUUUCUUUGCUUUUACUUUUUCA